AUGGUGGCGGCGACAGUGCGGCCAGGGCGGCCCCGGAGCAUCGACAUCAACGACUUGCACGUGUCACUUGGCCACACCAACGACGCGAACGCGCGGGAGACCGCGAAGCAGCUGGGGAUUCAAAUUACGGGUACCCGGGGAUAUUGCGCUGGCUGCGGUGAGGCGAAGGCUAUCCGGCGUAGUGUCCCGAAGGAGCCGCAAACCAAGGCGGGUAGGCCGUUUGGGCGUGUGUUCAUCGAUCUAACGGGCCCGUACCCGCCGUCCACCGGCGGCGCCCGUUACUGCAUGAUGGUGGUCGACGACUACUCCAACGUCGGGUGGACGCUGUUUCUGGCGGACAAGAGCGGCUCCACUCUGUCCGGCGCCUUUCGCGCGUGGUACGUCGACAAUAAGCAGCUGGCGAUGGCUCACGGUGGGUUGGGCGUUGCCCGCUUUGACAACGGGACCGAGUUCACCAACGCCGAGUUCCGGCACUUGCUGUCUGAGCUCGGGGUUGCGGUGGAAUUCACCCCCGUCCAUGGUGCGAAGCGCAACGGGCGUGCUGAGCGGAAAAUCGCGCUUGUCGUCGAAGGGGGAAAGGUGGCGUGGUUGGAGUUUCCGCGGCUCUUCCCGGAUUUGGAGUUCCCUCGGAAGGCGAUGUCGUGGACGACAAUCUGGCCGGAGGCGCUGGCUUGGAUGAACGACUCCCUCAACAUGACCGCGCAGGCUCACACACCCGACAAACUGUGCCCGUGGGAGAAGCUCUACAAGCGACGUGCCACGACUCUUCCCCUGCCGUUCAUGAUGCCCGGCUACCGUCACCACAACCGGAAGAACAAGACCGAAUCGAAGGGGGAGCGCUGCUUUUACCUCAACACCGGCAACAACCACUCGUCCACUACGCACCAAGGUCCUCCUCUCCUCCGGGUGGUGGACGUCACGGCACCUCCCGGGGUGCCGGCGGUAGCGGCUGGAGCGGCGAGGGCGGCAGCAACUCCUGCAGCUGGAGCGGCGAGGGCGGCAGCAACUCCUGCAGCUGGAGCGGCGAUCCCCGGCAGCAGUGUCUUCCCCGCGGCGGCGGUGGGGGGGACGGCUGGGGCGCAGGAGCUCGCGGCGGGAGCGGCGGCAUCUGCGGCGGCACCGGCGGCGAGAUCGGCCACCCCCGGCAGCAGUGUCUUCCCCGCGGCGGCGGCAGGGGGGACGGCUGGGGCGCAGGUGCUCACGGCGGGAGCGGCGGCAUCGGCGGCGGCACCGGAGGCGAGAUCGACGACCCCCGGCAGUGUCUUCCCCGCGGCGGCGGUGAGGGAGGCGGCUGAGGCGCAGGAGCUCACGGCGGGAGCGGCGGCAUCGGCGGCGGCACCGGUGGCGAGAUCGGCGACCCCCGGCAGCAGUGUCUUCCCCGUGGCGGCGGUGGGGGAGGCGGCUGGGGCGCAGGAGCUCACGGCGGGAGCGGCGGCAUCGGCGGCGGCACCGGCGGCGAGAUCGGCGACCCCCGGCAGCAGUGUCUUCCCCGUGGCGGCGGUGGGGGAGGCGGCUGGGGCGCAGGAGCUCACGGCGGGAGCGGCGGCAUCGGCGGCGGCACCGGCGGCGAGAUCGGCGACCCCUGGCAGCAGAGUCUUCCCCGCGGCGAAGGUGGCGGGGACGGUUGGGGCGCAGGGGCUCACGGCGGGAGCGGCGGCAUCGGCGGCGGCACCGGCGGCGAGAUCGACGACCCCCGGCAGUGUCUUCCCCGCGGCGGCGGUGGGGGAGGCGGCUGAGGCGCAGGAGCUCGCGGCGGGAGCGGCGGGAGCGGCGGCGGCACCGGUGGCGAGCGCGGCGACCCCCGGCAACAGAGUCUUCCCCGCGGCGGCGGCAGGGGAGACGGCCGGGGCGCAGGCACUCGCGGCGGGAGCAGCGGCAUGGACGGCAGCACCGGCGGCGAGAGCGGCGACCGCCGGCAGCAGAGUCUUGCCCGCGGCGGCGGUGUGGGAGCCGGUUGGGACGCAGGGAAUUGCGGCUAAAGCGUCAGCAGCGCAAGAGCCGGAGGACGAGUGCGAUGAGGAUAGCUGUUGGUUGGGCCAUGGCGACGAAGGUGGCAACAGUAGCGACGGCAGCGGUGACGGCGGCAUCGGGGCGUUGUCCGCCGGUGCAAGGCAUCCCGGCGCCCAUCCGACCGUGAGCAAUGGCAUCUACGUCGUGCGGGACGAUGGGGGGUAAUGCCAGGAAGGGAGGAUCGAUCGUGGCAGAAGUGUGCGGCAUGAAGUGAGAGACUUGGUGAUCGGGAUCUCCAG